AUGGCGCAAGAAACUCAACCAUCCGCAAGGUCUCCUGCAGCCUUCCUAGGCAGUACGUCUGGAGAUAAAAACCUUCCCGUUAUGGUGACCAGUGCAAUGCCUCGUGGCAGUGCCGACUUUGAGGCCAAGCGAACUACCUUGAUGCAAGCCUUCGCGGCCAAGGUUCCUGCUGAAUACCGUCUCCCGCCUGAACUGAUCCAGAAUCCACCCGCUGAUCUAUCCCGAAUCCCGUCAACCUGUGGCAAGUUGACAGACGAAGAGAUAGCUAUCACGGAAAACUACGAUGCCGUCGGACUUCUACAGGCUAUAGCCAAGAAAACAUACACCGCCGUGGCUGUCAUCAAAGCUUUCAGCAAACGCGCAAUCAUUGCGCACCAGCUCACCUGCUGUUUGGCGCAGUGGUUUAUGGAAGAAGCCGUCAAGCAGGCUACCGCGUUGGACGCUUAUCUUGAAACGCACGGAAAGCCUAUUGGGCCUCUGCAUGGACUUCCUGUCAGUAUCAAGGACCACAUGCAUAUUGCUGGCACAUUUUCCUCUCAGGGUUGCUUUGCAAGUAUCGUGAAAGACCAGGAAGACUGCAAGGUAGUCGCAUCGUUGCGUAGCCAGGGAGCGAUUUUUUAUUGUAAAACCAAUCAGCCACAGUCGCUCAUGCAUCUCGAGACCGACUCCCAUUGGGGCCGAGCCCUCAAUCCUUACAACAUUCAUCUUUCUGCCGGCGGAUCAACAGGUGGCGAAGCGGCUUUGAUCGCGCUGAGAGGCUCGGUGAUGGGCAUCGGCACCAGUGUGUCCAAUAACCAAGUUAUUUGA